UGUGACAGACAACUCUAGCUUUAUCAAUUUUUUUAUUGUCUAUGUAUGUGUAAAGCGAAUGUGUUCGCUGCCAUUUUCUAUUGAAUUUCCUUAAGAAAAGUAAUUUUCAAACAAAAAGGUGUGUGCCUACCUACAGACUGCCGCAGGUUAUGCGAAGAGGCUGGUAUAAGUAUGUCCUCGUACGGCGCUCCCGGGGCUUGGGACGGCGGGCCACCCGGCGCCGAGGCGGACUAUGCCACGCAGCACGUCCCGCCGCUCGCCGCGCCCAUCCCCACCACGGACCCCUGGACUGGUGUCAGCUACAGCUCCUACGGCCAGCCCCACUUCGAUUACCAGCACUAUGCUCCCACGGGUUACGGUUAUAAUUACGAUUCGGGUUAUUACUCUCGGUCUGACGGCUUUUAUAAAUACCCAGAUACGAGGGAUACUUAUUCUGCGGCACCAAGUGGCUACGACUAUGCUAGGGCUCGAGGGCGCUCCCGCUCUCCUGUCGGCGCCACGUCCGGCGACCGGAGGCAGACGGCUUAUAAAUCGAAGUCUAGAAGUGUUUCUCCUUAUAAAAGGAAAGAAAGAUCUUAUUCAAGGAAACGGGACAGUAGCUAUGAAGAGAGUAGUAGAAAAAGACAUUCUAAAAGUAGAUCUAAGUCAAGGCGUGCUAAGUAUUCUUCCAGUGACCAUUCUAGUUCACGGUCUAGGUCUUACUCUCGGUCUCCAAUAAAGAAAAAUACAAGAAAAAGGAGCCCAUCAGAGUCACCUCAUUCUGAAAGAUCACGUAGAGGCAGUGAUCAUUCAUUGACUCCUCCAAUAAAGAAGAGUAAGACACGUCGCAAUCAUUCAUGUACUCCUAGUGGUAAGAGAAGCACUCAUAAAAAGUCAGCCAGUGUUGAUAGAGAAAUAGUAAAGCACAAAGAGAGAUCUUAUUCUAGUAAAGAAAAGAGACAAAAUAAAACUUUAUCUACUAGAAAACAAAAGGAGCUCUCAGAAACCCCACCAAAAGCUUAUAAAAAAACUGACACCUCACCUGGAACACCUAAAGUUCAUAAAAGAUCUGACCAUUCUCUCACCCCACCAAGAAAAUAUAAAAACAAGGGAAGGAGAUCACCAACACAACAGAGGAAACCAAGGGAUAGUUCUGUUACACCUCCAAAAUGUUAUGCCAGGAGUCAAUCGUUUUCCAGCUCUGAUUCAAACUCAUCACAGAAACAAUCGAAGCGUAAACACUCGGGCACUCCAAAAUCAAAUCAUUCCAGAUCUAGAUCAGUAUCCAGCCAUUCAUCUGGAUCCUCUAGACGUUCAAGAUCCAAAUCACGUCACCGGAAUAGACGUGGCUCACCUAAACCUAAAUCCCGCUCAAAGGGAAAUGUAAAACGUCGGUCUGAAAGCAAAAGCAGAUCUCAGUCACGAUCAUUAUCAAGAGGAAAAGAAAGGAUCACUUCAUCUUCGAAGUCCAAAUCAAAAUCUAGAUCUAGAUCUCGUAGUCAUAAUGGAACUCCGAGUGAUGACGAACGACGUGGACAAUUUACAGUCGCUGACAGAAAGCGUUAUUGGAAAAUGCACAGAAGUCGGCAGGAAAAGAAGGACAGAGCUAAGAGCCCACAGAAAGAGGUCAAACCACCACCGGGUGCUGUUGAGUCUACCACAGUAGAUGACAUUGAGUAUGGUGAUCCACCAGAAAUAGAAGGUCCCAACUUUGCUGAUAUGCUCCCAACACCAGAUCAAGUUGUACAAAGUUCUGCUUCCACAUCAAAAUCUAAACCCAUGACUAUGCCUAUUAAAAAUGAUGGUAGCUUCUUGGAAAUGUUUAAGAAAAUGCAAGAAGUCACUAAGCCAACUAUGGAGCCAGAGAAAAAGCCAAUUAAAAAACCAGUAUUACCAUUUAUAGGAAAAAGACGAGGGGGCAGAGUCCUUAAAACUGGCUUGGUAAAGAAAGCAAAAGCAAUAGAUGAACAAACCGUUGACAACACUCCAAAAGAUGCAUGGUCACUUUAUAUGCAGGAAGUUAAAAAAUACAGAGAGACAUCUUGUGAGGAGGAACGGAAGACGAGGCCUCUAGUUAAAUAAUGAUAAAAUAACUUUUGUAUCGUAAACUCUGCUUAUCUUUAAUUUAAUAAUCUUGUUUUCUAUUAUAUGUUUAUUGUCAUUGUAUUUAGUAUCUGUGAAACAGCUAAUAAAGAACAAAAGGAAUGAAUUUA